AUGGUGCUAGGUAGCAAGAAAGCCAAGGGCAAUGCGAAGCAUGGCAAAGUCCUGAUGAAGCAGAAGAAUAAGAAGGCGACGAGCCCAGAUCUUGUCGCGGAUCCAGAACCCACAGACAUCAUUCAAAUCAACGAAGCCCAGACACCUGCUGGCUCACCCACAAGUGCCAACCUGGAGCUUGUGGAAGCAGAGGCUGAAUCGAUUCGGGUCUCAGAGCCAUCAGUUCAACUACCAGACCCAGCGCAUGAGCAGGUCUUCUCAGUGAACGACUUCCUCGAGGUGGACGCUCCAUCAGUGUCACCCUCACCAUCUUUGGAGUGUCUUGUAACACCUCAGAACGAAGAAGAGCAGGAAGGAUCACAAGCCCUAAAGCAAACAGGCGAGCCGGUGUACGAAGAACAUCACGUUCAAGAUCAGUUCGAAGGUCAUCACCACCCCAAGGACAGCCCUGAUCAGCGGUACGAAGAGCACCCUGAGUAUCGUCCACCCGGCCGGUCUUCGCAAACCUCUACGCGCCGUAGCACGCCCAAGCCAUCACCAGAAACCCCAAAAGGACAGCCAGCUUACGAAGAAGCUUACGCUCAAUACCCCGGCUAUCCUGGCUACUCAGCUUACCCGGCGUAUCCUACCGAGUACCCCGAGAGGGCUCAGGUCUCAUCUCCCUUUGCUCCCUAUCCAUCGCCGCCGGCCCUGGUGCCACUUCCAUCGCCGUCUUUGACUGAGGCACGGUUUAUGUCAAGUGCUUCUCCCGAAGCCCAUUACUACCCUUAUUAUCCUCCGCCUCCACUGCCCUACUCGCCGUACGCGACACCCCAUUACUCGGCUCCUUACUAUCACUCCCCGGUGCCCAAGGUCAGCAGCCCUCUUGCUAGGUCGCAUUACUCAUACGCAUCGCCGGUGAUGUCCCCUACUGCGACCCCACCUCCGCCCGCAGCGCAGCCGGCUACGGGGUCUGCGAUGGCCCCGAUGCCACCUCCGUCCGCCACUCACAGCUAUGCAUCUGCAACCCAGUCUCCAGUGAUGAGCUCGGCUGGUGUUGUGCCACCAUAUAAUCCGUACACUCCUCCACAGCAUCAGCCACACGACAGCCAUUACAUGCAACGCAGCUACAGUGGAUCCAGUCAGCCUUACGCGGCCUCGUUCCAAGCCAUUCAAAAUCUCGGCUUGGGCAACGGGCAGAUCAAUGAGAAUGGCGUCAUCUCCCCUCCGGAGAAUGAUCAGGAGCACGUUGAGCUGUUACAGCGAAUUCAGUCGGCUAUCCCGGAUAUCAACCGUCUUCUCCAUGGCUUCCGUCACACGCAUACCAGGCUCAACAGCCGCGAAGCUGAGAUCAAGCAAAUUGGCAAUCAGCAUGAGCAAGCGAUCAUGCACAAAGAUUUCUACAUCGAGGCAUUGCAAUCUCAAAUGAAGAAGACGGCCAACGAAAGCGCUGAAGAAUGUGCCAAACUCAAGAACAUAAUCAACGAGCUUCGCCUUGAAGUCGGCGACUUGCAAGAAAAACAGAAGGAUCUUGAAGACGGCUUGGCAGAUCAUCAAAAGACUAACGAAGAGCUCUCGAAAAGCAAAACUGACCUCGAAGCUGAGGUCGAAAGAUUGACCACAGAGAUAAAGGCUGCAGCUGAGACGCACGCUACCGAAAUGGAGCGUCAAAAGGAGGACCACAGCAAAGCAAUCCUGACCCAGAAACAGGAACUGACUGAGCUGUUUGAGGAGAUCAAGGGCGAGGAUGAAAAGGCUGCUCUGGAGACACUGGAGGUCCGCGAAAAGGAACUGCGUGAUCAGCUUGAGGCCGCCGAGGCGGACUGGAGCAAGGAGAAGAAGGAACUCGAAGACGAUCUAGAGGCACAGCGAGGACAAGUGGAGGCCAUCAAGUCUGAAGUUGCUUCCAAGACUGCUGUGAUCGAGAGCAAAGAGUCCGAAUUGAAGAACCAAGCUGCCGAGCUUGAUGCUGUCCGCGAAGAGGCUGUCUCUCGGGUUGCUGAGCUUGAAGCCAAAAACAGAGAGCUGGAGGACCUACGGAAAGAACACGCCGAGGCUUGUGAAGAGCUUCGAAAAGUUCACUCUGGUGAGCAAGAUGCUCUCCGAGCCAGCCACGCCGCCGAGGCGGCAGACCUUCGCCAAAGCCAUGAAGAACAACUCGCAGCUGCCGCCAAAGAACUCCAGGAGAAGAUGGCCGAUCUUGAGACUCAUUUCCAGGAGCAGGAAAAACAUUGGGAAGCUGAGCGAGCUGCCUUGCAGAAGCUUCUCAAUGAGAAGGAUGAAGAGUUGAGCAGCGCGGAGCGAGAGAAAGAUAAGCUCGAAGGGGACGGAUUGAUGAAGGAACAGCAGCUUCAACGUGCAGUGGAGCAGAUGCGAUCGACGAUCGACAAUCUGGACCAUGACUGUGACCGGCUGCGACGAACACUGCAGAGUCUUGGGGAGGCGACUGAUCUAAAAACAACCAAGGGUGAUCAAUUCUUUGUGGACUGCUUCACCCAACUCGCAACUCUCAUCGCUGAUCUGUCAAACGAAUACUUUGUCUAUCUACCGAUCGAUCCCCCCAAGGAUAUUCUUUCCAAGAUCCCUUCCGAGCUUCCAUCCUUCCUGGACAAUUCGCCCCCGUCUCGAGCCCUUCGCGCUGCCUACGUACAGCACAUUGUCUCCAAAACUCUGACUUACCGUGUUUUCCAACCAUUCCUCUUCACCCUCGGUCGCCGCUACGACAAGGCCGACACAUUCUUCCAAAUGCUGUCCUCGGAUAUCCGCCGUAAAUCCGUGCGUCGCGAAGCUUUUUGGCGCCAGCAGACACUCAAGGCGGCCUACACCACCUCUGAUGCCAAGCAGUCAAUCAACGUGGCCGCCGCUGUGAUUGUUGAUGAAAUUAUUGAUCAAAUUCGUCAUUUUGCUGAUCCUCGUCAGCUAGACUCUCUUCUGACUGCGGUCAGGAAGAUUGUCAAGCUCGCGGCCGAGACCUGGCGACAUGCCAGAGUCGAACGAGAGCUGGUCAUUGCACACUUCCCUGCACCAGGCGAUGAGAUGGUCGAGUCAGAUGGCUGGGUGGAGUAUACCUCCAAGGACGAGGUGGGCUCCCCCGAGAAGAGUCUCUCCAAGCCUGAGGGUAGACGACAGGUUGUGCUUCGCACAUUCCCACGCAUCGUGCGAGAAGCCGCCCAUGAGGAUUUUGCAAGCGAUCCGGACCGUGAAACUCCAUGUGUCUACGCGGCGGGCGAAGUGCUGUACAUGGACUCGCCGGUGGUCAUCGCACGCUUACAGGAAUUGAGCAAGGGCACCGAGGAAGUCGUGAAACCCGCUGAUGAGAGUGAGAAAUCUCCGCAGAUUGAGGAGAAACCGAUCAGUCCCCCGCCGACUCCCGAGAAUGAAGCUGUCAAACUCUCGACCUCGGUCCCGGCUCGGUCCGAGUCUCCUGCGCCUCGAUGCGCGACCCCUAAGCCGGUGGGUGGCGCAUUGCCAACAGGCGGGUCGCUGCCGGUGCGGAGUUCCACCCCGAUACAGAAGAAGGUAGUGUGUCUCUCACCACCGAGCAGUCCCAACGCAAAGGGACACGCUGUUGAAGCUUGA